AUUUUAUAAUGUAUCGAUGUGUAAAUUGCGGAGCUGAGGUGGAAGAGCUUUAUAGGAGAUACUGUCCAAGUGUUCUAAAGCUUUUAAAAUGUUUUAUUCAGACGAAGAGAAUUCGAUGUACUGCUUCGGCGAUUCGACCUCAGACAAAGGUAUUAGAUGAUGAGCAGUUUUUUCGUAAUUAUAUAUAGUCAUCGAUAUAUGAUACUUAACGGAACUUCUGCAAUCUAAGAUUUAAAGUGCAUCUACAAGACUCAUACAGUUCUGGACGUGGCUGGCUAAACCAAUUGAUCGCUUAAUAUAUUAAUUCAUAAUGUACUGCAAAGAAGUGCAGCGUUAGUUGACCGGUAGCUUGGAAUAAUAUCUGACCAACUGUCAAAGGAGGUAGAAUUCUAGGAAAAGCCGAGUGUUUUUCUUCUUCGUUAAGUGAGAAUGAGAUACAGAUACCUGACACGAAAUAUCGAGAUUAAAAUAAAUAUGUUAGGUGCCUCUCUACGGAGUCACUUCCAAGAACUGAUAGAGGUAGUGGCCAUUAGCUAACACGGCAAACUCUCAGUCAGCUAACGCGGCACUACUACAUAUCAUUCCUAUGAAGUAUGUAAGUAUUCAUAUAACCUGCAAUAGGUUUGGAGCGGAUACGAAGUGAAUGAAACACCUGGAAAAAUGAUGCUUUAAUGGAGAAUUAACAUCAAGUGAUAACAAGAACAAAAUUUGUUGAACUUUCAGUCACUGCGGUUAUAGAUAACUUGAUAGUUCGUGAUGACAUCCCCUUCUGGUAAUAACACAAGCAUAGCAGAUCGGCUAGAUAUCCUAGAAAAAUUAGAAGAUGGCAUGACUGUGAGUAGUAUUGCCUGUGAAUAUGGACUCAGUAACAGGACAAUACGACGAUACCGGCAGCACUCGAAGACCAUUCGCAACUUUGCGGCGAAUCCAAAGUACCGAGACAUGAAGAGGCAACGGAUACCAAUAUAUACCGAUUUGGAGAUAAAAUUGUAUCGUUGGUUUCAGCAAAGGAAGUUGUUAGGAGACUGUUUAACAGAUAAUAUUUUAAUAAAUAAAGCUAAAGAAAUAGAAAUAGAGUUUCCCAGUACAUCGAAUUUUAAAGCAAGUCGAGGUUGGCUCCAGAAUUGGAAGAAAAAAUAUGAUAUUGGCAAGAACACGACAGAUCCGAAUGAAAUCGCCGCGAAUAAUUUUAUACGUGAAUUUUUACAAAUAUUAGUAAAAGAAGAUAUAAACGAAGAAGAUGUGUACAACAUGGACGAGACUAGUUUACUUUGGAAAGCACUUCCGUGGAAGACAUUAGUUCAUGAAGAAAAAUAUCUGAUCAUAAAAGGAGAAAACAGAAAAACAGACAUAGUGACUGUGGCAUUUUGUGCAAACACUAGUGGUACACACAAAUUACCAUUACUCUUUGUAAAUAAAUUUGCAAAUCCCCGAGCAUUGAAACAUUGUAAGGAUAGGUUACCAGUGGUAUAUAAAAGUCAUUGUAAUGCCUGGGUUAACGAAGAUAUUUUUCGAGAAUGGUAUACUAAUCAUUUUAAGCAAAGUGUGAAAGAGCGCCAAUUACAGGAACAACGUAAAGGAAAAGUAAUAUUGCUCGUUGACAAUUUCAAGGCACACAAACUUGAAAAAAAGGAACUGGAUGAUGGCCACUUUAAGUUAAUAUUUUUACCGCCGAAUACAUCCUCGUUGAUCCAACCUAUGGACCGAGGUGUAAUUACUCAAUGUAAAAAGAUAUUUCGGCUUGAACUACUUCAUCGGGUACUUCAGUAUAACGACGGACUUACACAGUUUUAUGCUGAUUACGAUAUUAAGGAUUGCAUCGAUUACAUUAGCGAAGCAUGGAAUAAUGUUACACCACAAAACAUUCGUAGUUCCUGGGUGAAAAUUCUUAACAGACAGUUUGAAUUUAAUAAUAUUAAAACAGAGAAUUCUACGGUCACUGAUGAACAGAAUGCAGAGAAAUCGAUCGACGUGAUGUCUGCUGAGGAAAUAACAGAGUGGAUUUCCGGAUGCGAGCAGGCGGAAAUCAUUCCAGAGGAAACUGCAAUUUUGAAACAAAUUUGCAAAUUUGAAUCAUCUCCUUCUUUGAUAGAAGACGAAGAAAUUGAUCGUCUAUUGUAUAAUUUAAGGAUGCUGAGUAAAAUCGAACCAGAAAUUGAAGCCGAUGCAAAACGAAUAAUAGAUCAUUUUAAUAAAAAGCAAGAAAGAUAAUAUUGUCCCUGUUAUAGUUAUUGUUAUCAUUAUUUUACCAUUUAAAUCGUACGUAAUACAUGGCCUAUCGCCAGAAGACUACUUUGAUAUAACUAUUGUUAUAAACGUUUAGUCAUAGCUUACAAAUUUCCAAGUUAUGUGAUAUAUUAUGAUGUAUAAUAUUAUAUUAUAAUAUAUUAUAAUAUAUACAUAAUAUAAAAGUACGUUUUUUGUAUUCGAGUAUGUGUAUCACAUUUGUAUAUAUUUAGUAAGCAAAUACCAAAUAAUUUUAGUAUUCGUGAUAACUUACGUUAUUACUUAUUCCUGUUGCCAUGUUUCCUGCACUUCUACUUUUAGACCUUUACGUUUCUAUACCUUUUUUGUAUUUUGUUAUUGAUUUCGUAAUAAAGUGUUCAUAAUAAAAUUACAUAUAACAUUC